CUUGUCCUGACUGCUUCAUUGAUCCAUUCUCGUCGUGCACAUAUUGAUCUUGUGUCAAAUCUAGUCUAUCCUAACAGCGACUUCACAAGUCAGAAAGCUCAUCUCGGAGAGCUCCCUUUGACCAACAGAAUCAUCCUUCAACCCCUUUCACUCGUCCGUCAAGAUAUCUUGUGUGUGCCCUUCCUCUUCCGGACGUCUCGUGAGUCUCCUUGGCCGGCCUUCCGGACGAGCAACCCUAGUUGUCCUUCAGAUCUCCGGAAUCGGUCAAACAGGUGAGUGCCUUUCGUGUCCUCUAGGUCAUUUAGGCGCUGGAUGGGCCGGAUAGGUGAUAAUUUGUGAUCUCUUAGACGGAUCGGGACGUUCCCAUGUGUCCAUCAGUCCAUUGAGGAUCUAUGUUUCGGACUUGAUAUGAUCCAACUUCGCAAUCUCCUGCCGAGUAUCGCCAAGAAUCCCCCGCACUGACUUCUUGCCUCAGAAUCAUGAGGAUCCCAGCCAACAUCUCAUACCCGACAUGUCGUCCUCUCAUCUUGAUCUUCCUCUUGCUCUCCAGCUACCAUCUCACUUUUGCAGCGGAUCGCGACCGUCUAGGCGAUUUCUACACCUCAAUCCCUCUCUAUCGCUCAGGCAGUGGGACCAAUGUGAUACCCGUGGGGGUCGGCACCUCCCCGCAAUUCGUCAACCUCACCCUGACGACGAACUCGGAAUUCGUUCUGAUCGCCGGAGGAGGAUGCGACGACUGUGUCGAACACGGCAAUGUCUAUUCCAGCUCUUCAUCUGCAUCCUACGAUCCGGGCAGCCAAGAUCUGAUAUACACUAUGAUCUACCCCAUUGGAUCUGCGGAUACUCUGGAGUUUGCAGGAUCUCUCGGGCGAGACAUCUUGAGGGAUCCCAGAGGAGACGUCAAUACUCCAAGACCGAUAGCAAGUGUCAAUAAGAUCACUCGAGAUUCGUUACCGACGAGUAAUGCGAUCGUAAGGGCAGGGAGCCAGCAGCUUGCAAUCACCGGAGAGGACGUCACGCUCAGUGAUGGCACGUCAGGAUUCUGGGGACUGGGAGUAUAUCAGGAUGAACCAAGUCUCUCGAUUCUGCCGUCCAUGUUAGACAGUACCAACGACGGCGUGCCUGAGAACAAUCAGACUUACUACACUGUCGGAUUCAACAUUUCCAGCUAUCAGUCAGGCAACGAUGUCCAAGCUGGCACUAUCCAUUGGGGAGGGGUACCCAUGGGCACAUACGUGGGGGAUUUUAACUGGAUCCAGCCAGACACAACCAAAGGUGGUAGCUGGGCUAUCGCAGUGGAGCGGAUGAGAGUUGAAGGCAAAGUUGUCGAUCUGUCAAAUCUCUAUGGGACAUUGGAUCCAGGAUACGAUUCGAUCCUUGUGCCGACUGCGAUUGCUGAACAAUUUUACGCGGGAGUGGAUGGAGCAACGAGAGAUGCAAGGGAUGCCACUCGAUGGAAUCUACCUUGUGAAGCCAACAUCUCCAUGACGAUCACCAUCUCUGGACGCGAAUUUAAUGUGGAGCGGCGCGAACUUGUCCAACCUCGAGAAGUAUCUGGCAUAUCCUGCUGGGGAAGUGUCGUUGCCUGGCAUAACGGAAGCGUCGCUGAAUCGUUGGGUGAGAUUCGCCUGGGAACACCAUUCAUGUCGGGAGUCUACACUGCUUUAUUUUACGAGCCAGGUGGUCAGCUUGUUGGAAUCGCAGGAAAGCCUGGGACGGUCAAUGAUUUCAAUGUUCGUCCAGACAGCGGAGGGCCGAAUACCAAGCUCGCUGGCAUCCUCAUCGGCGUCCUUCUGCCUAUCCUCAUUCUAAUCUUUGUCGGAUUAUACGCUCGCAACCGCGACUCCUUCCAAUCUCGAUGGUAUCGCGCCAUCCGCCGUCAACAUCGAUUUCAAACGAAUGCUGUGAUUCGCGGUGCGACAUUACCACCCAUGAUGCCACCUCCGUUACAUCCUAUGCAUCCUGGCAUGAUGCCGCACCCACCGAUAGGUCCAGGUAUGCCUCCUCCGUUCAUGCCGCCCGGCGGACCGAUGGCCCCUUAUGGUUCGGGACCAGGUGCAACAUAUAGUCAUCCUUGGGCUCCACCACCGUACCAAUCGAGUCCACAUCAGCAUGCACGGAUGCAUCCUGGAGCGGCACCUCUGUCACCGGGAGACCAGAUGCCCAGAGCCGUCGACGCCACUCCCGCUGGCUAUUACUCGCCUCGAACGCGACCCGUGAGUCAACCAAUUAUCCCAGCAAUCGUUCGAUCGCCGCCACAAAAUGAACUUCAAGCGUCACAUACUCCAAAUUCCCAUCAUCGCCAUUUGUCGCUGCCAGUACUUGUCUCCCAGAAUCAGCCCCCUAUCCCUCCAGAAAGCAGUCGGACCGUUCGAUGGGGACAAGGCUCGAAAAUCGGCCGUGCAAAUGCGCAGCAAGUUGGCGGAGGAUAUGCCGAUGAGGUGGACUCGCGUGUACCAGUGGCGCCUCAAGGGUCAAACUACGAUCCACAAACCAAGACGACACCGCCAGCAAUUGGAGCAAAGGCGGCCGACUCCCGUCCGAGCAAGCGUUAUGACGAUUGGCUGAAUUCAUACAGUGGUCCCGGACAAGGAGGAGAUCAGCCUUAUCCCCGUCGGCCAGCACACUGGUCAAGACCUCAAUAUCCUCAUUUGGGAUCCAAUGAUAAAAAGUUUAUGUCAGCCGGUUCUCAACCUCUCCCGAUCCCGCCAUCGCGGUCAUUCGAGCAACGUCAGCCUCCGCCUCCACCCAGUCGAUCGAGUCAAUUCCUGUCAUGGCGAAAAGAGAAGAUGAGGCAUCUACCUCAUGGUGCAUCAGAGUUUGGAGUGAUCGGCCGCAGCGAAAAUGAGGUGACUGCGGAUAACGGAGAGAGUAAUGGCAUGAGCGACAAAAGGGGAUGGAGGCCAAGAAGGCUAGGGCGAGGACGAGGAGGGUCUGAGCAGGUGUCAGGCCUCGGUGGUGCCCCUGGGGUGAUUCCGGGAGCUCACAGUACAGGUCAAUGGUAUUCAUAGAGGCAGGAGGGUGUAACGAGUGCAUACGGGAAGCUACCUCAAAAGGUACAGGCUCGAGACGAGAGCAAAUGUGGCGGUUACAGAAUGUGCAUAGCAAAAAAAAGAAGAGGAAGAGGAGGGGUGCUAAUGACACGCUUGCUGUGAAAGCUCUGGUACAGUACAAUUCGAGGGUGAGCUGCUUACUUGCGAUGAAACACUGAGCCAAGCGAGAGGAAAUGAAAGAAUUGGAACCUAAAGAACCUUACUUUGGACGUACCUAGAACAUGUCAUGAAUAUGAUAUCGGACCGAAUAUUCG